ACCACUAGAAAUUUAAUUUUACGGUGGUUUAAUACACGAAAAGAAAGUGCGUGAAAGUGUACACAAAUUGUACGAUUUUUUCGCAAGAAAACUAAAAGAAAAAUUCCUGGGAAAAUAAAGUGUCAGUUGUUUGGUGAAUAUAGAAUGAAAAAUUGCCAAUUUGGCAAAAGCAUAGCUGUCGUAUAGAAAAGAGACCAUUGGUUGCAAAGGGGAAAAAAAGAAAAGUUAGCAAAAGCAAAGACAACAGUCUCCAGCGUAUAAAAGAAAAAAAUCGUUUUCCUAUUCGGCUUAUUCGAUUUUGCAUCCAAUACACAAACACUCAUACACACCGCGAGAACACCGAGAAACUUACCGUGUCAGCAGUAAACGCAAUUGAACGGAAGGCAGCAGCACACUACUGACAGCAAAUUUUGAAAGCAAAACAGAAAAUAAAAAACGAAAUAUUCAACGCCCUACUAGCAGGACUAUUGGACGCGCCACGUUUAUUUUGCAUAGUCUUUUUGCCAUGGAUAAAUGAUGGGAAAUAUAACGAAAAUGUUACCAUAGACGUGAGAAUAGAGAAAUAAAGGAAGAAGAUAAUCACAGUUUGGAGCAGCGAGUCAGAGAAUCUGUUUUUCAUCACCGCCACCCGACCCAAAACCAAGUGCACAAAAGAUUUCUCAGAAAAACCAAAGAAUAUUGAACUAACUUAUUAGAAUAAAAUUAUCUUAUCUAUUGAAUAAAAUCGAGGGUUUUUUAUUCAAUAAUCCCACAUAGCAACAGACAACAGAUCGAUCCAUAGCACCCCUCAAAAACAUAGAACACACAUCCACACCACACCCCCCAAAGGAGAGAGAACGAUAUUAGAAAAAGAUUUUAGAAUGGUCAAUACGCAAGAGCGCAGCAACAAAAGUGCAAAUGUUAAUGAAAUUGAACAGUUGAAGGGUUCGUCGAAUUCCACCGGCAGUGUAGGUUCCUCGUCGUCCUCGUCCACGCCAUCGUCUUCAUCCCUAUCGUCAUCAUCCAGUUCAUCAUUGUCCAAUGUUGGCGCUUCCUCAUUGUCACAGUCACAGCCAUCGUCAUCAGCUAGCUCUGCUGCGCCUGUAAAAUCGGCUUAUACGAAUUCAAAUACAACAUCAGCCAAUUUUGCUAAGAAUGCUUCAGCACAUGCCGCCACAGCAGCUGCACAAUCCCAUCAUAAAUUGAUACCCAUACAGAGUGUGCUAAAUACAAAUUCAGUUGCUGCUGAUCAUCAGCAACAGCAGCAGUCACAGCAGCAGCAACAACAACAACAGCAUUUGCACCACAACAAUCAUAACACCACCUAUCAUAGUUCUGCCUAUAAUCAUCAUUCAUCAUCCAACAAUUUACAGUUCCCCCAAAGCGGCAGUGGUGGUGGUGGUGCCACUCACCUCAAUGUUCCCAACACAACGUUGCAAAAUUUCCUAUCCGGUGCCGCAACACACGCCCAACUGCCAACCGAAUUGCCACACGAGGAUGAGGAGCGUUUGGGCAAUCUAUUCAAGCAACUCGAUCGAGAUGGCAACGGUCGCAUCGAUAUACAUGAUCUGUCGGAGGCAUUGCGAGAAUUUGGUCUAUCAAGCGUGUAUGCUGAGAAAUUCCUGGAGCACUCAGAUAAAACACAAAGCGGCGAUGUGGGUCUCGCUGAAUUUGUACAUUACGUUCGAGAACAUGAGAAAAAUUUACGUUUGCAAUUUUCUCACUUGGACAAAAAUCGAGAUGGCAAAGUCGAUUUGGAGGAGUUGAUAUCGGCGUUUAUGGACUUAGGAAUCGAAGUAGAUAUGGAAGAAGCCAAACAUUUACUCUCUAGAAUGGAUCAGGACGGUAGCUUAAAUAUUAGCUAUAAUGAAUGGAGAGAUUUUCUAUUGUUGGCACCCUCUUCCGAUAUACAUGAUUUGAUUAAAUUUUGGCGGCAUUCUACUUACCUCGAUAUUGGUGAGGACAUGAACGUACCUGAUGAUUUUACACCAACAGAAUUACAAAGUGGCAUGUGGUGGCGUCAUUUGGCAGCUGGCGGUGUGGCUGGCGCUGUAUCACGGACAUGUACUGCACCCCUAGAUAGAAUAAAAGUGUUUUUGCAGGUUCAAACACAAAAGACAGGAAUCUCAGAUAGUUUAAGAUAUAUGCUAAGAGAGGGCGGCCUACGAAGUAUGUGGCGCGGCAAUGGCAUCAACGUUUUGAAAAUUGCCCCCGAAUCCGCACUGAAAUUCGCCGCCUACGAGAAAAUCAAACGACUGAUACGCGGCGAUGACAAACGACAAAUGACAAUUGGGGAGCGAUUCAUAGCCGGUGCCGCAGCCGGUGGCAUCUCACAGACUGUCAUCUAUCCCAUGGAAGUAUUAAAGACACGCCUGGCCCUGCGCAAAACUGGCCAAUAUACGGGUAUUGUGGAUGCGGCGAAAAAGAUCUAUGUACACGAAGGUGUACGCAGCUUUUAUCGCGGUUACAUUCCAAAUAUGUUGGGCAUUAUUCCAUAUGCUGGCAUUGAUUUGGCUGUCUACGAAACGUUGAAGAAGAAAUAUCUGAGUAGUCAUAAUACGGAACAGCCAAGCUUUUUGGUAUUGUUGGCGUGUGGCAGUGCCUCGAGUACGCUGGGUCAGGUGUGUUCGUAUCCGUUGGCGUUGGUGAGGACACGACUACAAGCGCAAGUCGUUGCAAAAUCCAAACAAAGUCCGCCCAUGGGUGCUAUACCAUUGAAACAGGCCGGUGCCGCAAAUGAUGACAACAUGAUGGGUGUUUUCCGUAAAAUCUUGCGUACCGAAGGCAUUUGUGGUCUCUACCGUGGCAUUACACCGAAUUUCAUUAAAGUUUUACCUGCAGUCUCCAUUAGUUAUGUUGUCUAUGAGUAUUCAAGCAGAUGUUUGGGUGUUAAUAUGACAUGAUUUGUUUGCCAAGGACCAGCAGCAGCAGCUGUUGCAGACGUAGUGCAUUGUAUUAUGGCGGCAGCGGCGGCAGUAGCAUGUAAAACCACAACAACAACAACAAGAAAUUCUGAACAAAAAUCCGAGAAGAAAUCAGCAGCUGUGCUUGCUCUCUUUUUAUUAAGUCUAAAAAAUAUCCUCGAUUCCUUAAUUAGUCUCUUCUGUUACCACAACUACUAUAAUUAUUAUUAUUUUUAUGAUAAUUACUCUAUAUGAAAGAAAAGAAAACAACAAGAAAAGAAAAAAGCAAAAACAAAACUUUCUAUGUCUCUAGCUAUGCCUAUUUCUAUUCUACUUUGUAAUCUACUCGUAAAAUUAACUUAGCCUUAAUAUAGUUUAAUUUAUUCUAUUUUUUGUAUUGUAUUUCAUAGUAAUGUUUCCAAACGAUGCAAGAAGAAAGAAAGAAAACAGGAAAUCAAUGCAUAGGAAAAAAAGCUAUAAAUGAAAUUACUCAAUGAUUGCCCAACAAAAAAGAAAAACGAAAAAAUCUAAAAAAAAUAGCAAAGACAAGAAGAUUGAUAAAAAAAUAAAAACAAGAGAGAAGAAAAACUUUCCUAAGUGAUACUAUUGCUAAUAUAUAUUUUACAUAUAAUAGAAGAAAAUAAAAUAAAAAAAAAAAAACACAAACAAAUUCAAAUAAAACUUUUUUGUUUUUUAAUUGCAAAAGAACUAAAAAUAAAUUGAAAGAAUAACAAGAAGCGUAAAUAACAUACAAUUAUCAAAAACCCCGUAUAUAUUUAUUGAAAAUGCUAUGUAUUUAAUAAUUGUUAUUUUUUUAUUUUAUUUAUUUGUAAAUUAUAUAAAAAAACCAGAAAAUGCCACUCCCCUCUCUAAGAAAAAAAAAACACUGACACAAACAUUGAAUUACAGUCCGUUUUUUACAAAAAAAAAAAAAAAAAAUAAUAAUUAUAUUUUUUAAAAUAUUUUCAAUACUGGGCUAAAACAUGUAAAGAAAAAAGAAUUAACAUUAAAAAAACAAUACCUAUAAACAAAAUAUAGAAACAAUUUUAUAAUUAAAAAAAAGUAAACGAGUAUUUUUUUCUCACAUUUGUUUAUUGUAGUUCUAACAAAAUUUCCAAAUUUUUGUUAGGAGGCAUUUUUAUGAGGCUGAAAGUAAAAUCUAUGUUUCAACUUCUUUUUUUGUUGAAAACAAAAAAGAAAAGUUAAAAAGAGAGACAAAUUGAAAAUCUAAAAAAAUAACUAAAAAAACACAAACAAAAGAAACUCAACGAUAUUAUUAUUAUAAAUAAAUCUUAACAAAAGAAAAAAACCAAACACAAAAGUUAAUAAUUAAAAAACAACAAUAUAUACCAAGCUAUAUAUAUGGCCCCAAAUUUCUUUAACAAUAUUUAACCAAACCUCAAAUUUGAAAAUCUAUUCAAACAGUUAUUGAAAAUUACCAAAUAUUGAAUUACAUACAUAAUACACACAUAUAUUUUGUCCAAAAACAAAAUGCAUAAUAUUUCUAUAACUAUCAAAAA